UGGUCUGCAGAACAGGCAGAUCUCCUAUGCGGUGUGGUGUGCCCACUGCCAGGGGUAGUCACACUGACAGUUUAAGUGCCUUCGCAGUCACUGAAGAAGAUUCAAGCCGAGGCUGAUUGUUUCCUGUGGAUUGAAGCCGAGGGAAAACCUGCCACAGCAGUACUUACUGACCCCUUGAUUUCUGCUGCUUCUUUUAUCGCGCCACAGACUGACAGCCGCGUCGUCACCGUUGAGCCGUUCUAGGAGCUUCUGUAUGUUAUCUGUUCCUUUCACGAGACUGCUACUAACGAGACUGCUACUAGAUUACGGACAACCAUCCGUUGUUGCUGUGUGUUGGCUGCUACGUUUUCUCCGACGUUGACUUCCUCUAACCCAACAUUGCCCAGCGUUGACUGCAUUCCACACUUAAUUGACCAGCACUUCCUCUUCUCUGCUAGAACUCGCUAUUUCUAGCAACCUCCGGCGCCGGAGGUCGCGAUCCUCUGUCCCUUCGCAUCCAUCUUCAUAGCACCUGCACCAGCGAAUUCCUCGAGGAUUCCGGAUUCCUGAAUCCUGAAACUGCAACAAAUGGCAUCAGUCGCAUUGAACCCUCCCCGGCACUGCUGGCGUGUCUCGCGGCCUCUUCCCGCCGUGAUUCGCGCGUCCGCGUGUCGCAAGGGAGGUAUCAGUCAGCUUAAGAGCAGCCAUAGACGGCUUCUCGUGCUUACUGCGAAGCCGAAAUGGCGAUACGUGGCGUUCAAGCGUAGCAGCCAUAAAUGCCACGCCUCUCACGCCGAGUUCAACGGACGGUCUCAAUUCUCCCAAAGCGGACCAGGCAGCGGGUCCUCUCGCCGGAGUCAGGAGCCGUCAGCUGCUGCUUCAUCCUCACCGUCAGCAUCUCGCUACGAACGAGCGAGUCAGCAUGAGGGAGCACGGCGGUAUGAGAGACGAACUGCGCGAGGAACCGUUAGAGGAAACGCUCUCAAUGGCUCUGGACGGCCCGCCUCCCCUGACUCCUCUUGGUCUCCCUCCUCGUCCCCCUACUCCGCCAACUCCGCUAACUCCGCCAACUCCGCCUACUCCUCCGCUUACUCCGCCUAUUCCACCAUGCAUUCUCACGCCUCCGCCUGCUCCGCCGACUCCUCCAAUUCCGCCAAUUCCGCCCAUUCCUCCCCACACUCUCCCUCCUCGCCCGAUUCACCCGAAUCAACUGCUUCGCCUGCUGCUGCGGCUGCUGCUGGGGAGGCUUCUGAGGAGUUUCCUUUCCACUCGCAUCACACAAUCCUGGACGUUGAUCAGGUUGAUCCGACGGCGGCUGACGCUGCGUGGGGUGGGCUGGACCCCGCUGCAGCGGCAGCAGCGUGGAAACAGAGCUUCCUUAAGCGGGUCGUUGAUACAAUCACCGAUUCUAAGUACUUCAAUCUGCAGACAGCUGGAUGGCUCAUGGCAGGCGCUGCCACGGCUGCAGUGGGCGUGCAGGUCACAGCGCACAUCAUUCAGGCAAUCGAAUCCGUGCCUCUGCUAGCUGCGCUUGAGAUUCUCAUUGGCGCUUCCGUCACCACCAACGUAGCCACCACCAUCGCUGGAGGAGGAGAAGCGCGCGAGCGCCUGGAGCAGCACUGGGACGAGUUUGUGCGGCGGGUCACGGGCACUUACGGGCUAUCCGACCCUGCUUUUGAUGAAAUUGACGCUCAAGGGGACCUUGAGGCGCAAAUCCAGCAGUUGCUGUCAGAAUGCAGCGCGCUUAUAGCGGAGACAGCAACGCAGCAUCAGAAGAAGCAACCAGAAACGAUGCUUAGGGGAGCCGCGAAGCAGGGAGAGGUGGGGAUUGAAGACUUCCAGGAGAAAGGAGAGGGGAAGGAGGAGAAAGCCGAGGGCGGGAAGGGGGAGAAUGCGGAGGGGACAGAGGAGAAGAAGGAGGGGGGGGAGGAGGUGGUGGCAGUGAGGAAGGCGGAGCUGGUGCGGGUGUUAUCGGAGUUUGUGGAGAGGCGGGAGGGCCGGACGAGGCGAGCGAACCGCCUGCUGCAGCAGGAGGUGCAGGCGGGGCGAGGCUUACAGGAGCGCGUGGGCGAUCUCAGCAAGGCUCUCGAAGUUCGAACGCUGGCAUCAGUGGCAGCAGCACAGAACGUGGCAAAGCUGCAGGCACUCAACGACUCCCUGCAGGCGGAGCGCAACAGUGUGAUGAGUCAGCUAUCUGGGCUGACCAAUCAGAUCACAGGGCUGUCCACGUCACUGGAUGUGCUGACGAGGCAGCAGGACUCCGUGUCCCAGUCCAACACCGUGCUCCGCACUCGCCUGCGCAAGGCCCUGCUGGAGAAGCGACAGCUGGCGCAAUCAUUGCGGGCGGCGCACCGCGUGCAGAGCGAGCGGGCGCGAGACGUGGAGGGGCAGCUGAGGGCGGUGGGAGCCCAGCUGCGGGCGAGCGAGGGGGCCAUGCUGCAGCAGCGGCGGACAGAGGAGGAGGGCUUGCAAGCAUACCUCUCCCAGCACGGUGCAAUUACGGCGCAGCGCAACGCAGCAGUGGUGCAGGCGAGCGAGUUGGAGCAGCGGGUGGCGUCGGUGGAGGCUCGGCUGAAGGAGGUCACUCACUCCCGCGACCACCUCUUCAUCACCAACCAUGAGCUGAACACGCGCCUGACAGCAGCCAUGGGCGAGAACCGGCUGCUCCAGCAGCGGGUGGAGCAGCUGCAGCGCACUAGCCGGCACUCAGCUGCUGCCUUCAGAGACAGGGAGAGCACCCUGAAGCAGCACCUGGCGGAUCGACAUGCUGAGCUGGCAGCCUCACGCCAGCAGGCGGCUGCUGAGCUGGCGCAAGUGACGUCCCGGCUGGAAGCUGAAGUGCGAGCAGCACAGGAGCAGGUGGUGGAGAGCAAGGGCGAGGUACGGUGGCUGGAGGCACAGGUGGAGGCGUUGCGGGGAGAGGGGGAGCUGCACACAGCACGGUUGAGAGCUGCUGUGGCUGCUGCCGAGAGCAGGGCACAAGAGGAAUCGCAACGAGCCAAUAAGCUGCAAGCGUUGCUAGCAGAGAGCAAGGAGACGUCAGAGAGGGAGAGGAAGCUUCUAGAAGAUAAGGUCGCCUCGCUACAGUCCAAACUCAGCGAGACAGAAUCCAAGCUGGCUUCUACAGUGAACAGUGCCAUAGCAGCUGCCCGAUCAGCACUCCUGCUGCCCACCCCUGCCUCACCAGUAGACGCCUCGUUAUUGUCUUUUGAAGGGUUUGGAAACAGCAGUGAUUAUGCUGGUACACUCAACGGUAGCACCAGUGGUACCACUUCCAGCAGUGACAGCAUUGACUAUGCCGAUACACUCAACAAUAGCAUCACUGCCAGUGCCAGCAGCACCAGCGGCGCCAGCAGCAGCAGCAGCAGCACUGCCAGCAGCCGGAGCGGGGGAGAGAGGGGAGAGACCAGCAGUAACCCAAGCUCUGCUACAAGUCCAGCCACGGAUGGUGGUAUGGAGGUAAUGGGGUUCGGCGCAGGGAGCACAGAGAUUGCGGAUCUAGCCAAGGAAGGAAGCACAGCGGCGGGAGAGUUAGGCACACGGGGGGGCACAGGCCAGGAGAGUAAUGAGGAGGUGAAGGGAGAAGCCAGUGAGGGCAGUGAAGAGGUAAAGGGGGCAGCCAGUGAGGGCAGCGAAGAGGUGAAGGGAGGAGGCAAGGAGGACAGUGAAGAGGGAGGAGCAGGCAAUGAGGACAGUGAGGAGGUUAAGGGAGAAGCCAAUGAGGGCAGUGAAGUGGUGACGGAUUUAGCCAACGAGGGAGGCACAGGCACCGAGAACAGUGCAGAGGUGAAGGGAGUAGUAGGCAAAGGGAGCCGGAGCAGCUCUAGGGGAAGAGCGAGAGGCACGCGCAAGAGCAAGGCUGCUGCUAUGGCUGAGCUUGCUGCUGCUGGUGGUGCCGGUGCUGGUGCUGAUGUGGACAAAUCUGCGCUUGGGGCAGCUGUUGAUGCAAAGGGGACUGAUCUGGGCACACCCAACGAGAACGACUUGAAGGUGUAUGCUCGAGCCAUCUUCCCCGCUUAUGUGUCCCUGGAUGCGUCUAUCAUGGAGCAGAGCCGAGGAGUAACAGCCAUGGUUCAGGACAUGGUCAAGAUGGGGGCUGACAAGGCAUGGGCGAAGCGCUAUGUGGAGGAAAAUCUGCUAAAACCCGCCCUGACACAAAGAGUAGCCGCUGCUGCUGCCCAUGCAGUGGGUACUCGCCGUGGGAGGAAGCAAAGAAGUCAAGCUGUUGUAGCUGAGUCUAACAUUGACAGUCAACCUGUAGGUGGCAGUGAGUCACGUAGCACUGGGGACUUGGAUGACAGGUUUGUUGUGCAAUAGCCUUGGAGGGGUUGAAAAUCAUAUAGAGGAUUGAUUAAAUCCUUCAUUUUCUUAAUAUUGCUUAGCCGAGUGGCUAAAGCCUUGCCUUCGUUU